GUGUGUGUGUGUGUGAGCCUGUGUGUGCGCGCGCGCUUGUGCUUGUGAUUUAAACCGGAUGCAGGGCAUCUGUGUUACUUGGGUUAGUGGUUACUGACAGCGCUUUAUCUUUCAUGUGGAGAUGGGAGGGGUAGUCCUGAGGUUCUGUUUCACUUUGAUGCACCUCCCUCCCCACAGGAGAGUGUUAACAAUUUUCAUUGUGGUUUUGAGACUUUGUCUGUGUUGAACAGGAAAAGGACACAAGGAAGCUUUGUGAGAACUCAGUUUACAACGCUAUUUGUGACAGUUAUGGUACUUUGAGAGUUUUUUUUUUUUUUUCUUCCUCCCAUCUUCAUCUCUGUUCCUUUCCCUUGGAGAGUUGAAAUUGAAGUCAAGUUGUUCAUAAAGAAUGUAUGAAGCUUCUCAACUUGAAACAGAUUUUUAUCAGAGGAAUGUAGACUGGAAUCUGCAAUGGUUCUCAAAAUCCCAAAGUGAGACCAUCAUGCAGACUUCAGAGACGGGUUCAGACACAGGUUCGACAGUGACUCUACAGACAUCUGUGGCUAGCCAAGCAGCAGUGCCUACACAGGUGGUACAGCAAGUGCCAGUCCAGCAGCAGGUGCAGCAGGUACAGACAGUUCAACAGGUCCAACAUGUCUACCCAGCUCAGGUGCAGUAUGUGGAAGGAAGUGACACUGUCUAUACCAAUGGGGCAAUCCGAACAACAACUUAUCCUUACACAGAAACACAGAUGUACAGCCAAAACACUGGAGGAAAUUACUUUGACACUCAAGGAAGUUCUGCACAGGUGACAACCGUGGUGUCCUCCCACAGCAUGGUGGGUACUGGUGGUAUUCAGAUGGGCGUCACAGGAGGGCAGCUCAUCAGCAGCUCCGGAGGAACCUAUCUGAUCGGCAAUUCGAUGGAGAAUUCUGGUCAUUCAGUGACACACACAACCCGGGCCUCCCCAGCGACAAUUGAAAUGGCGAUUGAGACGCUGCAAAAGUCUGACGGUCUGUCCACUCACAGGAGCUCUCUCCUCAACAGCCAUCUCCAGUGGCUGUUGGACAAUUAUGAGACAGCAGAAGGAGUGAGCCUUCCAAGAAGCACUCUGUACAACCACUAUCUUCGACAUUGUCAGGAACACAAACUGGACCCAGUCAACGCUGCCUCUUUUGGAAAACUAAUAAGGUCCAUUUUUAUGGGUCUACGAACUAGGAGAUUAGGAACUAGAGGAAACUCCAAGUACCAUUAUUAUGGGAUUCGUGUGAAGCCAGACUCUCCUCUUAACCGUCUACAAGAAGAUAUGCAGUACAUGGCUAUGAGACAGCAGCCCAUGCAACAGAAGCAAAGGUACAAGCCUAUGCAGAAAGUGGAUGGGGUUGCAGAUGGUUUCACAGGAAGUGGCCAACAGACAGGCACAUCUGUUGAGCAAACUGUAAUUGCCCAAAGUCAACAUCAUCAACAGUUUUUAGAUGCAUCUCGAGCACUCCCAGAGUUUGGAGAAGUUGAAAUCUCUUCUCUGCCAGAUGGUACUACCUUUGAGGAUAUCAAGUCACUGCAGAGUCUUUAUCGAGAGCACUGUGAGGCAAUAUUGGACGUUGUUGUGAAUCUUCAGUUUAGCCUGAUAGAAAAGUUGUGGCAAACAUUCUGGCGCUAUUCUCCCUCUACUCCAACCGACGGCACUACCAUUACUGAGUCAAGCAAUCUGAGUGAAAUAGAAAGUCGACUUCCGAAAGCAAAGCUGAUAACUCUGUGCAAACAUGAGUCUAUCCUGAAAUGGAUGUGUAACUGUGACCAUGGGAUGUACCAGGCUUUGGUGGAGAUUCUCAUCCCCGACGUCCUUAGACCCAUUCCUAGUGCCUUGACCCAAGCCAUUCGAAAUUUUGCAAAAAGCCUUGAAGGUUGGCUUUCAAAUGCCAUGAACAAUAUUCCACAGAGAAUGAUUCAAACCAAGGUUGCCGCUGUAAGUGCCUUUGCCCAGACUCUGCGAAGAUACACAUCGCUCAAUCACCUGGCCCAGGCAGCCCGUGCCGUGCUUCAGAACACUUCCCAGAUCAAUCAGAUGCUCAGUGACCUCAACCGCGUUGACUUUGCCAAUGUCCAGGAGCAGGCUUCCUGGGUGUGCCAGUGUGACGACAACAUGGUUCAGAGACUAGAAACAGACUUCAAGAUGACCCUUCAGCAGCAGAGCACUCUGGAGCAGUGGGCAGCAUGGCUGGACAAUGUGAUGAUGCAGGCGCUGAAGCCCUACGAAGGAAGACCCAGCUUCCCGAAAGCCGCCAGGCAGUUUCUGCUCAAAUGGUCUUUCUACAGCUCGAUGGUUAUUCGGGACCUGACCUUACGCAGCGCGGCCAGCUUUGGCUCCUUCCACCUGAUCCGGCUGCUGUAUGACGAAUACAUGUUCUACUUGGUGGAGCACCGCGUCGCGCAGGCCACAGGGGAGACGCCGAUAGCAGUGAUGGGCGAGACAUACCUUGUAGAUGAAAAAUAUACUCCUAUCAUGGAACUCUUUAUAAGCAAACUUCUGAAUUUUGGUGAUUUAAAUGCUGUGUCUCCCGGAAAUCUGGAUAAAGAUGAAGGCAGUGAAGUCGAGAGUGAGAUGGAUGAAGACCUGGAUGAUUCUUCAGAGCCUCAGGCCAAAAGAGAGAAAACGGAGCUGAGCCAGGCGUUCGCAGUAGGCUGCAUGCAGCCGGUGCUGGAGGGUAGUGUGCAGCCCAGCCUCCUGAACCCUCUCCACAGCGAGCACAUUGCCUCAAGCACACAGACGAUCAGGCAGUGCAGCGCCACAGGCAACACCUACACCGCAGUCUGACGGCAGGAAAGCAGAUUCUUCCAGCUUAGUUCAACCCCAUUGAUACUGGGCUUAAGCUGAAAUUUUAACAAGCCUGAAGGUUGACUGUUGUCAAAAGUCUAUCUGUGCUGAACGUCACCAUUUUGGAGUUGUGAAAUGGAAUGGGUGUAUGUAUUUUUCCAGGUCUUUUUUUUUUUUUUAACACAAAUUAUUUGCCUUUUAAUAAUAAGAGUUUCUUUCCCCCCUCUCCUUAGUUUCAGGUGUCAAGAAGGAUUUUUACAACAUUUAAUGUCAUUGUUUUUGUUUUCUCAUAAUUAAAAAGUAAUUUACAUUUUGUAGCUUAAAAUAUUUUAUUGUUGAAUGUUAGUCUUGGUGUAUGAUUUUAUGUGUAAGUUUUUUAAUUAGAUGCACUUCUGUGAAAUAUCAAAAGAAAUGAAUUUCUUUGAUUUACACUGGAGGCAUGCCCAUUUGGCAGCAGAUGCAUCAAAUUUGCUUCUGAAAGGUGCUUUUCAUUGGACAGAACCAUAAGACACUAUUUUGAUAACAUUUUGGAGUACGAAAAGAAUACAGAGCGUUUUUAUUAUAGUGGUAGAGGGUUGGGAAGUCAUCUAUUUUUCUCUGAAAAUAAAAUGAGCUGUGCAUUUAUCAGUUCAGGAUAAAUGACAGAAUUGCAAGAGAUUAUGCUAAUAUGUACAUAAUUUGUGUACAUAAUUAUUAAACCACGCUAACAAUGCAAGCUUCCGUUAGACAUUGACUUUUAACUAUUAUUUGCGUACCAAUCCCUCUGUUUAAAGACUACUGAUUCUGUAUUGGGACCACUACACAGAUGCAUUCUGCUGUCAAGUGGGCUGUUAUAGUUAGAUGCUGAAGCUGAAAAAAAAUGACUUGACUUUUUUUUUUUUUAAGUGUACAUGCUACUUAUACUGAGCUGGACAUACAGGAAACCAUUCCAUUUGGAUGACUUUCUUUUAUUCCAGGUCUUUUUUCUAAUAGUAGUUCAACAUGCUGCUAUUAUAAAAGAAAAUGUAUAGAAUGCAAGGAAUGUAGCGACCUGCAUCUUGUUAUUUCCUGGUUUCUAAAGUACACGGAUUUAAAUUUUACACAGAACCUGAAGGCAGUGUGACUGGCACACCUCACUGUUGCUGACCCCGAUUCUGUAGGAUUUGGCUAGGUGGCUGGAUGGACCAUUGCCAUUGAAGAAUGUACAUCAGGGAUCAUCGUACCUCGGCUAUUACAUGGUGCCUUAAAAACAGAACUGAGCUAAGGUUUAGUAAGGUUUAUUUUGUUCGUGUGAAUAACUCUUCAAUCCAUUUGGUAAAGUGUGCCUGUCAUGCUCAGAUUCCUGAAGUAAGGACAGGCCACAUGUUCUUCAAGGGGAUUUUAGGGGGAAAUGAAGGAAGACAAAGAGAGAAGCAUCAGUUCCUCUCUGAGUGACUGUGAGUGGACUUGUCUAUGUUGUAUCCUUGGAGCUGAAUAUCACUUGAUUACAAAUCAGAUUGCUGAGGGUGUGGACUACCAGGCUAGUUUUCAUACAAACAUGUUACAUGAAGAUCAUAUGUUGUGGGCCAUUCUUGU